AUGGCCGAAGCUGUGACUGCACCGGCAGCAGAUUCUGCGCUGACUGCUGCUGCCCGGCCCCAGAAGCCCGAUGAGGCGGCCUACCAGACGGCUCUGGAGAAGGCCGAGAAGGAGCACAAGGAUGUGAUGACUCGCUUCAACGCCGUCAAGGCCAAGAUCGAGAAUGUCCAGCCCAAGAAGGACGGCCCGCCGUCGCCCGCCCAGAAGCGCCGCCAGGAGCUCAUCGCCCAGCUCAACGAGAUCCGCCAGAAGCAGGCCGGUGGCAAGACUGCGCGCACAUCCAAGCUUGACCAGAUCAAGCGCCUCGACGAGCAGCUGCGCAGCCGCGUUGCCGAGCAGAAGGCUGCCCGCGGCAAGGUCCCCUUCAAGUCGGUCGAGGACCUCGACAACCAGAUCAGCCGGCUCGAGGAACAGGUGAACGGCGGCAUGAUGAAGCUGGUCGACGAGAAGAAGGCCCUGGCCGAGGUGACCAACCUUAAGAAGGUGCGCAAGAACUUUGCCGCCUUCGAUGUCCAGGAGAAGCAGAUCAGCGAGCUGCGCGCCAGCAUCAAGCAGAUCAAGGACAGCAUGGACGACCCGGAGGCCAAGGCCCUGAGCGAGAAGUACAACAGCCUGCAGGCCGAGCUCGACGCGAUCAAGGCCGAGCAGGACGGCGUCUACAAGAACCUCUCGAGCCUGCGCGACGAGCGCAGCAAGCUGCACAGCGAGCAGCGCGAGAAGUUUGACGCCAUCCGCAAGAUCAAGGACGAGUACUAUGGCGCCAAGAAGGCGUUCGCUGCCUUUGAGCGCGAGGCCCGCAGCAAGGCCUGGGAGCGCAAGCAGGCCGAGCGCGAGCGCUUUGACCGCGAACGCAAGAAGGAGCGUGCCCAGCGCAUGCUGGCAGAGGCCAGCGACCCGGCCUACCUCGACGAGAUCCGCCGUGCCCGCAGCCUGCUGCACUUCUUCGACCCCUCGUCGACGCCCGCACCCGCUGCUGCUGCCGCCACCAACGGCUCGGGCUCUCUCGGCGCUCAGGCCACCCGCAAGGUCGACGACGCCGGCCUCAAGGGCACGCGCCUGGUGCGCAAGGAGGACCGCGAGGACGACUUCUACCUGCCUGCGGCCAAGAAGUCCGGCAAGAAGGGCGGUAAGAAGGAGGGUGCCGCUGCCAGCGGCAAGGGUUACAACGUGCCCCCAUCUGUCAUUGAGGACUGUGCUGCCAUGGGCCUGAACCCCCCGGCCAGCGCCGCCGACGUUCCCGAGGUCAUUGAGAAGGUCAAGGCCAAGUUGGCCCACUGGGAGAAUGACCAGGCCGCCCAGACACAGCGGAACAUCGAAAAGGCCAGCAAGGAAAUUGAGAAUCUCGAGAAGGAGGAGGAGGCGGCUACUUCUGGCGACAAGAAGGCCGACGACAAAGCCGUUGCCGAGGUCACCGCUGACCUCAAGGACAGCUCGCUCGAUGAGAAGAAGGGUGAGGAGGCCAAGGAGGAGGCCAAGGAGGAGGCCACCGCAUAG